UUCUCGCGUGGCGGAGCUCUUUUCCGCGCUGCUCUCUCUGGCACCCGUUCGCAGGCGGCCGUGUGUGUGUGUGCGUUUGUGGUGUGUGCGAGCGAGUGUGCGAUUUGUUUGGUGCAAAUCUUUGGCAUACAAAAUAAUAACUCCCGGUGCAAGUGGUACGAAAUAAUUAUGAAUAAUAGCAUUCCAGAAACAAGUGCACAAUUUGGCCCUGAAUCUGAAUUUAAAUAAUUGAAAAGCUGCUGCUCAAUGGCAAAACUCUCCGGGAAACUUCGCUCCGUAAAGUUGCUGGCUGCUGUUGUUGGCGUUGUGUAAUCAGUCCGAAACGGAGUUUCUUGCUUUUGUUUGUUUUUCUCGGCUUUAUUUUGGGCCACAGCAACAACAAUAACAACGAAGCCAAGUGCAAAGUACAGAAAACAUGUUUAAAUUGCUUUGAGGCUUGGGAGUUUAAUACAACAACAAAAAAAAGCUGCCGAAAACGUCAAACUCUACACACAAAAGUGAGAGCUCCAGUGAAUUAGCACAGCCAUAAAAGGAAGCAUCUGAAUAUUAAAGGAUCUCGCCCAUCAAUUUAAUUUAAUCAAAAACCAUAACUCAAAUUCAAUGAACAAAUAAAAUUGCGCCAAUAAGCGAUCAAUAAAAUUUCGCACGAGACAACCACGCAACUUACAUACACAAAAACACAUUUUGAAUCACAUUGCCAUCUGGCAACGCUGUCAGCCGGCGCUUAUAACGGUAAUUCAGGAGAAUUUACUCACGCCUAGGAUCCGAUCAGAGGACAGGCAAAGCCAUGGGAAACUCGUCGUCUCACACGCACGAACCACUCGAGCGAGGCUUCACACGCGGAAAAUUCGGUGAUGUUAAAAAUGGGAAAUCCGCCUCCUUCCGGUUUAGCAAGAAAUCGCCGAAGAAAAUGGAUCGUCUGCGUCGCUCCUUUCGCGACUCGUUCCGUCGUCGCAAGGAUCGUGUUCCCGAGUCAUCGAAGCCUCAUCAGUGGCAGGCCGAUGAGGAAGCUGUGAGAUCAGCAACCUGCUCCUUUUCGGUGAAGUAUCUGGGCUGUGUGGAGGUUUUCGAAUCACGCGGCAUGCAGGUCUGCGAGGAGGCCCUCAAGGUGCUCAGGCAAUCUCGACGUCGUCCUGUCCGCGGACUCCUCCAUGUCAGUGGAGAUGGUCUUCGUGUGGUGGAUGAUGAAACCAAGGGCUUGAUUGUGGACCAAACCAUCGAAAAGGUUAGCUUCUGUGCACCGGAUCGGAAUCACGAGCGUGGCUUCAGCUACAUUUGCCGGGAUGGAACCACACGUCGCUGGAUGUGUCAUGGUUUCUUGGCCUGCAAGGAUUCCGGGGAGCGAUUAUCCCAUGCAGUGGGUUGCGCCUUUGCCGUUUGUCUGGAGCGAAAGCAGCGUCGGGAUAAGGAGUGCGGAGUGACAAUGACCUUUGAUACAAAGAACUCGACCUUUACGCGUACCGGAUCCUUCCGUCAGCAGACACUUACAGAGCGCCUGGCCAUGGCCACUGUGGGCACCAAUGAGCGCAGUGUUGAUGGUCCGGUUUCGGGUUCGAUGCCAGGACCACCGGCAGCCACCGUUAAACCGUUCAAUCCUUUCGCCAUCGAACGUCCCCAUGCCACACCCAACAUGCUGGAGCGUCAGAGCUCCUUCCGCCUGAGCACGAUCGGUAGUCAGUCGCCGUUCAAGCGUCAAAUGUCGCUUCGUGUCAAUGAUCUUCCGUCCAAUGCCGAUCGCCAGCGAGCCUUCCUAGCCGCCGCCGCUGGAAAUCCAUUGCAGACGCCGCUGCGCAGUGUCUCACCCAUUGCCGAGGUAUCGCCGGCCAAGUCGGGUUCUGGAGCGGAUCAGUCGUCCGCUGCUGCCGUGGCCGCCGAUUCUGUGAGUCAGCUGUGCCAGGAGCUCAGCCAAGGACUGUCGAUGUUGUCGCAGUCGGAUGCACUUCUGGCCGCCGGUGAUGAUCUGAACUUUAACAAUAAUCGCAGCAUUAAUCAAAACAUCAUAGCCGCCGAGAAACAGGGCCAGCAUGUAAUUUCGUACAGUGCCACGCCCACGGCUCAGGUGACACCACGAGUGGUCAGCACAACGCCCACAUACCAGACGCUUCACUCACAGCAAUCACCGACGCGAUCGGAGCACAGCAUCGAGGCCUCGACGGAGCUGCCCAAUGCCGAGCAGUGGCUGGGUCAGGUGGUGCGCAGCACUUCACCGGCGGCACCCAAGCGUCCCAGUUACCUGGCCAAUGUGGGACGAGCUCAAACGCUAGCCAGUGGUUCAGGCGGUCCGGAUGAUCCCUUCGAUGCUGAGUGGGCGGCAAAUGUGGCAGCGGCCAAGCAAAUGUCACCGGAUAUGCCAAUGCCGAGCACCUCACGUUCGCCGCUGGCCAGGCACAGUACCAAUCCGUUCAUCUCACCGCCCAAGGCGCCGGCGCAGACAUUCCAGGUGCAGCUCUAGGAAGCAGAUCACGAACGGGGAUCAUCAAGGGGGACAAAGUGUGGUUCGCUUGAAAAAGACGUAACUUAGUUUAAAGUAAAGGAAAAGAAGGAGGAGCGGGUCCAGCACAGAUGUUCGAGAGAUCAGAAGGAUGGAUGGAUGAAUGGAUGAAUGGAUGGAGGUUAUCAGAGAUACUUAACGCAAACAUAACUAAUGUUGAAAUAUUCAAAACAAGAGAACCUAAGAUACAGCUAUUUAUACGCAGAAUGCAUCAAGAACACACCAACUUGUGGCGCUUAGCACAGAAUGCUGCUUUGAAUGAAUUCAUUAGCUCUUAAGAGAUCUUAUACCGGAAGUCAGACUUUUUUUAGGAGGGCCCUUAGAACACGUUUAUCUAGCAUAAUGGCAUUACAGCCGCCCCCCUCUCUGGUGACUACGACUGAUUCAGUAUAAGAUCCCUUGGAUUCCCUCACCUUCACUAACCACAAAAACACAAAUUGACCAAGCUACCAAGUUACCCACGAAGACCACCAUAAAGCAAAUUUAAAGAAACAAAAAACGUAAACAACAUAAAGCACCAUUUAUACUUAAAAAGCAAAAAAUCUGUAUUAUACUUUGGUAAUACCCUUCCAAUACUUGUUGAUCGAUCCCACUAAGAGUAUAGAUUAAAUAAAUAAUUGCUAAUUAGUUAACUCUA